UGCUAGUGCACGGGUCAUGCGCCGCGUCGCGUGCGUGGCGCCUAAGUCAUCAGCCAAGCCCCAACUCAUCGAUAACAAACCGUCACACCCUCCUCCUUCCAUCUCUUCAGAUAUGCCUGAUUAACAUGCCGCAACGCGCGUAUUGGAACUCCUCUCGACUGGUCAUUACCCUCAGCUUUGUCAGCCAAGCCCUUUUCUUGGUUGGGUUACUGUUCGCCGGCUACUACGUGGUCGGCGCUAGGCCGCCACCUGCAUCAGCACAACAACAUGUCUUGAAGACAGCAAACAUCGCUUCAGAUGGAGUAAGAUUACGUCAUGUUUUCCACCAUGGCGCUGGACAGCCUGGACCAAGGGCACGACGACUGGAUAUAUCCUCGGAAAGGGUUGCCAUCGAAGCUGACUCGGCUGCCCUCUUUGGACCGUUUCCCAUCCGUACGUCUUCGGUAAGGAUCGACAAGUCACCUCUUCAAAACUAUGCCUCGCAGCAACAACCGAUGUCACCCAUAUGGCACCCAGACUAUGUCAUGGGACCGGACGUCAAAGACAAGCAAACAAUCCUGAAUUUCGCCAACAUGUCUGAAGACGCAUACAAACCAAAUCGCGAUGAUCCGGAAUGGCUCGAUGUGGGCAAGAAUUUUGCAGAUUCGAUUCCUUUCGGCUGGGAGGACAGUGGAAUCCGAGGUCACGUCUUCAGCGAUGACACCAACUCAACGGUCGUCCUGUCCGUCAAAGGAACCACUGUAGCCAUGUUCGAAGGCAACGGCACAUCGGGACGUGACAAAGAUAAUGACAACUUGUUCGGCUCGUGCUGCUGUGGUCAACAGGGUCCAUACCUUUGGCGCAAGGUUUGCGAUUGUAUGACCUCGACAUACACCUGUGACGAGCAAUGCGUGAAAGAUGAACUGUUGAGCCCUAAUCGAUACUUCGAAGCAACUCUAGAGCUUUUCGAUGAGGUCAUUCAGCUGUAUCCAAAAGCGAAUAUCAUCACGACCGGUCACAGCCUGGGAGGAGCACUAGCAUCAUUCAUCGGUCUACGGCAUGGCCUCCCGUCCAUUACCUUCGAAACAUACCCACAGGCUUUGGCUGCAGCCCGGCUCGGCCUGGCAGUUCGUGGUCAAGACUCACUACUCCGAGAGAACACUGGGGGCUUCCACUUUGGACAUACUGCCGAUCCCAUCUACAUGGGAACCUGCAAUGGCGGGUCCAGCUUCUGUUCUAUCGCUGGCUACGCGUUCGAGACGGUGUGCCACACAGGCAAGCGAUGCUCAUACGAUGUUGUUAAGGACUGGGGCUGGCGACAGAGCACCCAAUACCAUAGGCUGCGGUACUCCAUCGACGAGGUGUAUGCUAAAUACGACGAGGCCGCUCCAUGCGUGGACGAGGACGUCAAUUGUGUUGACUGCUAUCUUUGGAAGUUCGAGAAUGGCACGAAGCAGCACACGACUACUACGACCUCUUCAUCAACAUCCACCUCCACAUCUGUGACACGCACCGAGACGUGCAAGACCCCAGGAUGGUGGGGAUGCCGCGAUGCAACUACAAGCACCACGAUUAUCACAACAUCACCAACAACAGCUAUCACCACAUCUACCUCAACCAGCACUUGCGAAACUCCCGGCUGGUUCGGCUGCAAGGACAAGACCACCAGCGACACCACUACUAGCGAAGCAACUACCACAACUACAUGCACUACCCCUGGUUGGUUCGGCAGGUGUCUAGAUCCGACGCCCACCACGACCACCGCAGAAACCGCACACGCAUAUUGGCGAACGUCGCCGACGGCAACGCAGACGGAAAGGGCAGGAGCAGCGUAUCUGUACCGGCACACUGAACCCACGGCGACUCAGACCUCUCCAUAGAUUUUCCCUUAGCGUCAUAGAAGAACAUGCAUAUCCUGUACUCC